AUGUGUAUAUCGGUUGUCUCUCGUUGCUACAGAAAUAACACAGUAAGGAUUGUGUUUCAAGAGUGUUCAAUUUUUACCCAAUCUCACUUUUUUUUUUUUAGCUUUUCUUCACUAAGCCAAACGUUUUAUUUUAUUUUUUUUUGGCUUUUAUGUGGGAAAAAAUUCUUUGUUUCGCAACGUUUAGCAGGUCCUAGAGAGAAAAUAGCGUUAAAUUUUUGGUUUGAUUUUCAGUUCGGCUUCUCAAUGCAAGGCUCCCCCACUUCGCUUAAGGCAUGGGGCAUAAUGUCGGAUUUACUUAGGUUCUCACAAUUAUUAUGUGGUUGUGCUUACGUUGUUAGGUGCUUGGAGCUACUGAUUAUGGUGGUUACAUUCACCAUACAUAUUUCUCAAAAAUGUGCUACACUCUCGUUUCCUCCUUUGUAUUGUUUGUAUCUGCGAAAAGGCUAUUUGUCUUUCGCUUAG